AUGCAGAGCUUUCUGCAGCUGCUGAGGGGAAGCGGGGAUACUGGCCCACCCUUGGCAGAGCUGGUGACCCUUGCAGGCAGGCUGUGCCGGGACCUACAGGACGACCCCACCCAGGUGCAGCCCUUGAUCACCGCCAUGCUGGACAGCCAGCUCCACCUGUACCUCUUGGACAAUGAGGAUGUGGCCCUAGUGUGCGCCAGCACCCUGGCCCAGCAGGAGCAGCACCAGGCUGCCUGCCUGCUGCUGAAGGGAUGCCGGGUGCCAGGAGGCAGCCCAAAGCUGGUGCAGCUCUGGAACGACAUCCACUACCGUCUGGUCAUGAAGAGGCUCGGCGUGGCCACGCUGACCCCGGUUCAGAAGUUCCGCUGCAGGAAGAGGAACCCGCCGCCCGCCUCCCUCUGCCCUGAAGGCCUCAAGAGCCGGAACUUCCCCAGAGAAGUCCGCCAGAAGCUGCAGGACUUUGCCUCGGGCGUGAGCACCAACCCCAGCAAGUCCGAGCGGGAGGACCUGGCCUCGGAGACGCGAUUGACCACGGAGCAGGUCUACAACUGGUUUGCCAACUACCGGCGGCGCCAGAGGGCCCUUGCGCAGCGCGCGGCGCCAGCCCGGGACUCGGCCGAGGACCGCCCCGCGAGGCAGGCGGGUCCGCAUCCCCCGCAGCCCAUAGGCCAGCCCCGUCUUGGCUCUGGCUGCGUGGACCGGCCUCGGUGGUCGGCAGGACCUGAGGAAAGUGGGCCUGUACAGACCCCGGAGACCACCCAAGGGCUGUGGGAGCCGCUGGCCCUGACCCCAGGCUUCUCUGGAGACAAGACUGUGCCAAAGUCACUGGCUCCCAGGUCUCUUCAGGGUAGCGAGAUGUACCAGGAAGGGCCCAGCCACGAUCCUGCCACUCUUCCCCCCAUCUGCCCUGGACCUGGUCUCUGCCCUCUGGCUGCUGGCGGUGACCUACUGGACCCGUCUCUGGCUGCCCCCGAGUCGUGGCUGACGUCUCUUGCACUGGCAUCCUCCAAGGAAGUUUCCUUCCAGACUGGACAACUGAUCCACAGUCACGGGCUGGACCUCAUGAUGCGCCCUGCAGACGCUGCUCUGGCUGUGUCCUUCACUGCCCUUGGCGAGCCCAGCCCCACAGGAUUCGCUGACCCUGCCAGCAGCGACCCCCAGAACACCUACCUGGAGGAGGGUCCGGGUCCCAGCAGCCAAGCAGAACCACAGGGGGGCGGCUUCCCGGUGACCCAGCCCUCUCCACAGGCUCCAGAGUUCAUCCUCACCCAGAGCCCCCCGGAGCUGGCCCCGGCCCCGCCUGCCUUCUCUGGCCCCACGUCUGCCAUGCAGCUGAGCCCAUCCAGCCAGGUGCAGUGGCCUGACGGCCAGACCUCCAACGACGCCUUCUGGGGAGCCAGGAUGCUCCUUGAGCUUUCGGGGGGCAGUCUGGGCUGA